AAAGUUUUAGAUAAAGAUGAGGAUGUUGUGAGUUUGGGUAGAUGGAUCAACAAGCACAAAAUGUUUGAUGUGUAUGUUGAACACACUAAAGGAUAUGUCCUUGAUCAAAGCCAAGCUGAGUCAAAUUGUAUUCCAACUACACAACAGUUUGAUUGGGGAAAUAAUGUCGGUGAUAGUGUAGUGGCUUCUGAUAAUGCAUUAGACAGUGAAUUAUCACAAUAUGAGGAACACUUAUACAAGUUGACUUCAGAUGAUGAGUACUUCUGUGACAGUGAGUAUGAUUUUGGGUCUGUGGUAUUUUUACAUGAAUGCCCUUGUAAUUAUCACGUGCAUCUCACGUGA